AUGCAACAAUACUCCCAAUCGCUUCACAAUGACGCUCACUCGGUCAUUCUUGUCACUGCAGGAUAUGAUAAUACUAUUCGUUUCUGGGAAGCGCUGAGUGGAAUCUGUUCACGCACUAUCCAACAUGCUGACUCGCAAGUAAACCGACUCUGUAUUUCUCCAGACAAGACUGUCCUUGCAGCUUCUGGUAAGAAUGCAAAUCAUAGUGUGAAACUGUACGAUAUCAAUAGCACAAAUGGAAAUCCUUUUGUUACGUUUGGAGAACACACUGGCAAUGUUACUGCAACAGGAUUCCAUGGAGAAGGAAGAUGGAUGUACACAGCUAGUGAAGACGGACACUUGAAGAUUUGGGAUACUAGAGCAGGACGAACUCCUGUCUUGACACGCAACUUUGACAACGGAGCUCCUAUCAAUGAUGCCGUUAUGCACGCAAAUCAAGGUGAACUGAUUACUUGCGAUCAGAAUGGAAGUGUCAAGAUCUGGGAUCUUACAGCACAUGCCUGUACUCAUGAACUGGUUCCUGAAGAAGGUGUACCAAUGCGAUCCGUGAGUGUGGCGUCAGAUGGAUCAAUGCUGGUUGCAGUUAACAACAAGGGAAACUGUUAUGUCUGGAAAAUGUCUGACAUGACAUCUGAACCUUGCGACAUUGAACCUCUUCACAAAUGGUCAGCCCAUUCAGAUUAUAUCUUACGCUGUGUUCUGAGCCCUGAUACAAAAUUAUUGGCUACUUGCUCGGCCGACAAGACAGUAAAGUUGUGGAAUACUGAAGAAGGGUUCAAAUUGGAGAUGACAUUGACUGGCCAUCAGCGGUGGGUAUGGGAUUGUGCCUUUUCUGCUGACUCGGCUUAUCUAGUGACAGCAUCCUCUGAUCAUGUAGCUAGACUUUGGGAGCUUUCCCAAGGAGAAACAAUCCGCCAGUACAAUGGACACACCAAAGCAGCAGUAUGCGUUGCCUUGAAUGAUUUGUCUGUUGGCUAUACUUGAUAGAACCAUAUAUAAGUGGUUUAAAUAAGUGAUAUCAAACGUUUUAAUUUUUGAUUUUGAUUUUGAUUUUGUCUCAUUCUCUCUUUCUUUAUUUCCUUCCUUCUUUUUGCUUAAUUUUUUCUACCCUUCCUUUUGGACCAGUCUUGUAUAUGUUUGCACAAAAUUUGAUCAGACUUCUACACAAACAAACAAGCAAACAUAUAUACAUAUAUACAAGAAUUUAUUCAAUAAAGACCAUCGAAAUUGUAGAGACAUUC